UCCGGAGUAGCACAAGUCUUUGGGGUUUGCGUCACACGGACACACACUACGGAAGAUAACCGAGAACACCAACGAUACCGGGAGACAAUCUUAACCUGCCGGUGGAACUUGCUUCCAGGCGCAUAGCCGUCGUUGCUGUCUUCUGGUAAAAAAAAAAAAGACUUCAACUCGCUGCGCCCGUAUUUCCGGCAAGAAGACCGAAUAAUACGAGGCGAGGAAUGCUAUCUGAGCAUCAAUGUUUCACUGGGGAAAGUGGAAGAAGAGGAUGGGAGCCAAUAGUUCGUCAAAGAGACCAGUUUUCGAUGAGAAGGAAGAUGUAAACUUUGACCACUUUCAAAUACUGCGUGCCAUCGGGAAGGGGAGCUUCGGAAAGGUAUGCAUUGUGCAAAAGAGGGACACGGAGAAGAUGUACGCCAUGAAGUACAUGAACAAACAACAAUGUAUCGAGAGAGAUGAGGUCCGAAACGUCUUUAGAGAGCUUGAGAUCCUACAGGAAAUUGAACAUGUUUUUUUAGUAAACCUCUGGUACUCGUUCCAGGACGAGGAGGACAUGUUCAUGGUGGUGGAUCUCCUGCUCGGAGGAGACCUUCGUUACCACCUGCAGCAGAGCGUCCAGUUCAGCGAGGAUGCGGUCAAACUUUACGUCUGUGAGAUGACGCUGGCGUUGGACUACCUGCAGAGUCAGCACAUCAUCCAUCGAGACGUCAAACCGGACAAUAUUCUUUUGGACGAGCAAGGUCACGCUCAUCUGACAGACUUCAACAUCGCGACAAUAAUAAAAGAUGGAGAACGAGCAACAGCCUUGGCUGGAACCAAGCCAUACAUGGCUCCAGAGAUCUUUCAGUCCUUCAUGAAUGGAGGGAUGGGCUACGCCUUUGAGGUAGACUGGUGGUCAUUAGGGGUGACGGUUUUCGAAGUUCUGCGGGGAUGGAGGCCGUAUGACAUCCAUGCCAGUAACUCGCUGGAGUCUUUAAUCCAGCUCUUUAGUACUGUCAGUGUCCAGUACAGCCCGGCCUGGCCGAAAGAUCUGGUUUCUCUAUUGAGGAAGCUACUAACCGUCAACCCAGAGCAUCGUUUCUCCAGCCUGUCUGACAUGCAGACUUCGCCCUACCUCGCCGACAUCAACUGGGACGCCGUUUACGAAAAGAAGAUGGACGCCGGCUUUGUUCCGAAUAAAGGUCGCCUCCACUGCGACCCCACCUUUGAGCUGGAGGAGAUGAUUCUGGAAUCACGUCCCCUUCACAAGAAGAAGAAAAGAUUGGCCAAGAACCGAUCUCGGGACAACAGCAAGGAUUCACAGUCUGAGAACGACUAUCUACAGGAGUGCCUUGAAGCGGUGCAGCAAGAGUUCAUGAUCUUCAACCGUGAGAAAUUGAAAAAGCGCCAAGAGGAGGGUCAUUGUGAGACCGGGGGUGAUGAUGCCAGCGGAGACGGCGACGCGGAGGCCACAGGCACGGACGACGACGCGCCCGAGCCUGAACCCGACCCCGAGCCUGGGAUGGCGCCCGAGCCCGAGUCUUCUUCCAAACUGAGCAUGUGCGGCUCGGUGUGUUCCUCCCCGGGAAGCUGCUAGCGCCGCAUCAGUUUAUGAUGCACGGCGAAGGUCUCGCCCGUGGACACGUUGUCCCCUCUGUACUUAGUAGCCAUAGCUGACAGUAGACAGUAGCCAAAAGCGGGGGGGGGAUUGACGCAUAGUUUUGGGGGUUUUCUUCAAGUAGCACCAUUCCCGGUCCGGCGUAAAUGAAGCGGAUUCUCCACCUCCUUGUCCGCCCUUCAUGACGCUCUAACUUCUAUGCAAAUUUGCAUCCCAGCAUGACGAAGCAAGUAUCACCCGCUCUGAGGUUAAGUGGAAUGCUCCGCCACAGGAUGAUGACAUCCCGAGCAACGUUCACGAUAUUUUGGGGUCUUUGGUGGUUUUAGCGGAGAACGCUUCUUAAGUCCUCCGCUUCAAAAUCAUCCUGGGAUGACUGAAUUAUUCAGCACACGCAGGCGGUUUUACGGUUUUGCCCGUCUCGACUUCCCUCUCCCUCCCUCUCAGCCCCUCUUAUGUCAUGCGUCCCAAUUCAGGGGAAUCGUGUGUGUGCUCGAAUGCAACGUCUUUAGAAAAGUCUUUGUUUAUGCAACAGCGGCAAACAUGGCGGAAGUUGUAUUUACUGAUGAUUAGCUCAACACCAACUCUGACUACAUAUUUGCAAUUUAACAUUAAUUUGUGGGAAAACACGCUAUCUUGUGCUUAUAAUUGCCAUAAUUAGGCCGUAUCGCUAAAAAAAAAAAAAAACAUCUGAUUUGCCUGAAGUGUAAACGUUUGAGUUUCAUAUAAAGCACUCAAAAGCUAACUUUAGCUUGCUUUAGGAAGUGCUUUUUACAUGCAGUUAAUAUUUACAUAUUUAAUAUUUACUCACAUCGCAUCACAAACCAACAUCUUAUCAACACAAAUGGCCGCCUCACUCGAUGCGCAACAUGUGGAACACACAAUGUACCUGCACCACUCUGACUACGCAUGUAGCCUAUAUACAGUAUAUAUAAGGCAUGCAAGACAUGCUGGGAAGCCCACGCACACACUUCCACAGCAUGUUACCCGGCAUACCUUGCGGGAAUGUUUUAUAUAUCAUAUAACAAUAUAUUAAUUAAAAAAAACUUAACAUGAGCUUAAAUACGCUUACAUGUUCAUAAUAAUAAGCUAUAUUCAACCACAAAACAACAUGAUUUAUUAAUUAAUAUAUUUAUUUAUUAAUUAAUAUACUGUUGUUAGUAUAUAUGAUUGAUUAAUUCAUUCAUUUAUUUAUUUAUUAAUAUAUUAUUAUUAAUUAAUAUUAUUAAUUAAUAUAUUGUAUAUAUAUAAUAAGCUAUAUUCAA